GCUGAGCUCAUUUGCACAAAGAACUAAGACAUGGAUUCAAAGAGCCUGGAGGAGCGGUGUAACCAGAUCCUGAGAAACAUGGAGGCCUCCCUGACAGCUCGGGAUCGCGUGGGCAUCCAGGAUUUUGUUCUCCUGGACGCCUACACGAGUGAGAGUGCCUUCCUGGACAACCUGAGGAAACGCUUCCAUGAGAAUCUCAUUUACACCUACAUUGGGACUCUCUUGGUGUCGGUCAACCCAUAUAAAGAGUUAGACAUCUACAGCAAGAAGCAAAUGGAUACGUACAUGGGUGUGAACUUCUUUGAGCUGCCACCCCAUAUUUACGCCCUGGCAGACAACGUCUUCCGCACCAUGCAGUCUGAGUUCAACAACCACUUCAUCCUGAUCUCAGGGGAGAGUGGAGCCGGCAAGACCGAGGCCUCCAAGAAAAUCCUGCAAUUCUACGCUGUCAGCUGUCCAAGUACCAAACUCCUGAACAACAUCCGGGACAGGCUGCUUCUCUCCAACCCGGUGCUUGAGGCUUUCGGAAAUGCCAAAACCCUGAAGAAUGAUAACUCAAGCCGCUUUGGGAAAUACAUGGACAUCCAAUUUGACCACCAGGGUGGUGCAGUUGGUGGUCACAUCCUGAGUUACCUGCUGGAGAAGUCCCGUGUGGUCCACCAGAACCAUGGAGAGAGAAACUUCCAUAUCUUCUAUCAGCUGGUGGAGGGGGGAGAGGAGGAACUGCUGCGCUGGCUUGGCCUGGAGAGGAACAGCCAGCACUACAGUUACCUGGUGCAGGGUGAUUGUGCCAAAGUUAGCUCUAUCAAUGAUAAAACUGACUGGAGGACGGUGCGGAAAGCUCUCUCUGUCAUAGAGUUUGGUGAGAGUGAUAUUGAGCACCUGUUUGGAAUAAUUGCCAGUGUGCUCCAUCUGGGAAACAUCAAGUUUGAAGCAGAUGCUCGAGGAUACGCCUCUCUCAACAACAACCAGGAGAUGCACUGGGUGUCAAAGUUGCUGGGGAUUCCUUCUCAGGUGCUACAACAGGGCUUAACCCACAGGAAGAUUGAAGCCAAAACAGAGGAGGUGUUCAGUCCCUUCUCUGCGGACCAUGCAGUUUAUGCCAGGGAUGCCCUCGCCAAAGCCAUCUACGGCCGCACUUUCAACUGGCUGGUCAACAAGAUUAAUGAAUCUUUAGUUAACAAGGAUUCCUCCAGGAAAACAGUGAUUGGUCUGCUGGACAUCUAUGGUUUCGAGGUUUUCAAUGUGAACAGCUUUGAGCAGUUUUGCAUCAACUACUGCAACGAGAAGCUGCAGCAGCUUUUCAUCCAGCUGACCCUCAAGUCAGAGCAGGAGGAGUACGAGAUGGAGGGGAUUGAGUGGGAACCAGUGCCAUUUUUCAACAACAAGAUAAUCUGUGAUCUUGUGGAGGAGAAACACAGAGGAAUCAUCUCUUUAUUGGACGAGGAGUGUUUACGUCCUGGUGAGGCCACAGAUCUCACCUUCCUGGAGAAGAUGGAGGAAAAGAUUAGCGGUCACCCUCAUUUUGUCACACAUAAACUUGCAGACCAAAAGACGAGGAAAACACUGGACAGAGGAGACUUCCGCCUCUUGCACUACGCUGGGGAGGUUACAUACUGUGUUGUUGGAUUCUUGGACAAAAACAAUGAUCUCUUGUAUCGAAAUGGAAAAGAGGUCAUGCGGCAGUCCAAGAAUGCUAUCAUCAAACACUGUUUUCCUUCUACUGAACCAGACAGCAAAAGGAGACCUGAAACGGUGGUGACUCAGUUUAAGAGCAGCCUGGUAGGCUUGACUGAGAUCCUAAUGUCCAAAGAGCCCUGGUAUGUCCGCUGCAUUAAACCCAAUGAAGCCAAGCAGCCAGGGCGCUUUGAUGAUGUGUUGGUGAGACAUCAGGUGAAGUACCUGGGGCUGAUGGAGCAUCUGAGGGUCAGGCGUGCCGGGUUUGCUUACCGACGCAAAUAUGAGAUCUUUCUCCAGAGGUAUAAGCCUCUGUGCCCAGACACCUGGCCCAACUGGAAAGGUUCAGCAGCAGAAGGUGUGCGGUGCCUGAUCAAACACCUGGGCUACAAAUCUGAUGAGUACAAGAUGGGCAGGACGAAAAUUUUCAUCCGGCACCCUAGAACUCUGUUUGCAACAGAAGAUGCAUUUCAGGACUGCAAACAUAAGCUAGCAACAAGGAUUCAGGCCAAGUACAAAGGCUACAGAGUCAAAGGAGACUACAGGAAACAGAGAGAGGCUGCCACUAAGAUUGAGACCUGCUGGAGAGGUCUGCUGGCCAGAAAGGAGCGUGAAAAGAGAGCAUGGGCUGUCAAGGUCAUCAAGAAGUUCAUUAAAGGCUUCAUGACCAGAAAUCAGCCAGCCUCCCUUGACAACAGUGAGUACCUGGCGUACGUGAGGCAGAACUACCUCACACGGCUAAAGGACAACCUUCCCAAAACGGUCAUUGAAAAAGACUCUUGGCUUACCCCUCCGCCUAUAAUGCAGGAGGUUUCCCAGCUGCUGAAGAAGCUGUACAUUCGCAACAUGGUACGGAAGUAUGUUCGAGGGAUCACUCCACAAAGGAAAGCACAGCUUCUGUUAAAGGCACAGACGAGCUCCAUGUUCAAAGGAAAGAAAGAAAACUACCCCUUCAGUGUGUGCAGGCCGUUCGUGGACACCAGGAUAGGUGCAGAGGACAUCAACAUCAAAGUGCUUCAGAUGAUUCGAUAUGAGCACAUCAAGUACAGUGUGCCAGUGGUGAAGUACGACAGGAACGGGUUCAGGCCUCGUCUCCGGCAGCUCAUCUUCACCCAGGAAGCUGCCUACCUGGUUGAGGAGGCCAAGAUCAAGCAGCGGAUAGAUUACAUCUCUCUGAAAGGUGUGUCAGUCAGCAACCUGAGUGACAACUUCUUGAUCCUUCAUGUUACAUGUGAUGACAUCAAACAAAAGGGGGAUCUGGUUCUGCAGUGUGACUACCUGUUUGAGGCCCUGACCAAGCUGAGUCUUAUUGCCAACAAGCAGAACUCCAUCAAAGUGGUCCAGGGCAGUGUACGAUUUGACAUCCAGCCUGGCAGAGAAGGCUUUGUGGACUUCAAGAGUGGUCAGGAGUCUAUGGUCUACAGGGCAAAGAAUGGCCAUUUGAUGGUGGAAUCUACGAGAAGCAGGUCCAGAUGAUGCUUCCAGAGAUCUGGGAUGAUGUUGCUGCAGAUUCUAGCAACAGCCGUGUUUGUUCUGUAAUCCUGCUCCAUGGUUGUUGCCAAUUGUGUUGUAUGUCAGCUGAUUUUUAAUUUUUGCAUCUUUACAACAAUGUUAUCAAUGUAUCCGAUAAUGACAAUGACACACUGCCAAUAUCUUAGUUGAAGACAGUAGACAACAAGCUAAGAGUAGAGCCUCGCCAGAAUAUGAGUUGGUCUGCUUGUUCCUAAUGUCUGGAGAUUAAAUCAUCUGAUCCCAGCUCAGAGUCAUGGAAAUCAACUGCCCUUAAUGACCAGAGGCACUUGUAAUCUUUUUUUGUAUUAAAUGUAUCUGAAAUCCUGUUUAGAAUAGACAAAAAUAUAUGUGUGCAGCCAUGAAUGUUUG